AUGUCUACCGAGUCAUUGGGAAGAUCUGUGUCAGCGCAGACUGCCCCCGCAAUGGGUACUCUGAAAAGUAAUGACUCUGUGGCUGAUCAUGAGGAUAGCAGGAGAAGAUACUCAGCGUCUGGACGGAAGCACGUGAAGAGAACCGUUACGACGCCCGGCCGUUUCCAGACUGAAAUCAAGAUAGACGAACGGUUGAUCAAGAAAUACCCCACCGUGAAGUCCGAAGCCAGCUGGUUCUACAGGUUUGUUGCCUUCAUGAAGGAGAUCAAGCACGUCGUGUUUGACGACACACUUGACUUCAUUGAUGGUUGCUACGCCCAGUUUUGGAAGUGGUCUGUAAUGGUGUGGAUUAUGCAAAAAUACGACGCAAACAAAGACAGACGGUACCUCGGAACUCUGUUGCAAGUAAUCAAGUUGCUUUUGAACACGAGAACGGUCGUCUUUCUUCCUCUGUUCCCUGUCGGAAUCGUGCUCUAUGCCAAGAAAUCCGACAUUGGCGCAGUUGUCACGCUGGUGCUGGCCCUGAUGUAUUUUGCUAAGAUCCUGUCCAACGUUACCGAGCACGCAGAACACCACGUGGGUCCAGCCUUGGGCGCGCUGUUGAAUGCCACCUUCGGAAACCUUGUGGAGCUGAUCAUUUCCGGAACGACUGUGUCGAAAGACGACGCCACGUUGACCAUCACUUCGCUCGUGGGAUCGAUCAUCUCAAACAACCUGCUUGUAAUUGGCUCGUGUUUCUUCUUUGGCGGCUUGGAGGGCAUGCAAUUUGCUACCUCUGCAGUGAAGGGAAUAGCCAACCACAUGUUUUUCUUGGCCUGCAUCACCCUCAUACUAUCUAUGAUGUCUGUGAUUUCGGUGAUUGACCCGGAAAAGAGCAUCCAGUUCAAGAUGAAUACAUCUCAGAUUGGUGCGGCAUUCAUUUUCCUUGGGUACGCCACUUACCUGGUGGUUUCCACCAACGAAGAAUUCAAGUCGAUGAAGAAAAUAAAAAUGAAAAGCAAGCAGGAAAAAGAAGCUCUGGAAGCCCAGCCAUUGGACACCGAUUCAGACCUGGACAGCGACUCGGAAAGUGACUCUGAAUCUGAUGGUGAAGACGAGAUCUUCCCUCUCAGCGUCUGCUUCAUCGCUCUGCUCGUUUCGGUAGCAGGCCUGGGCCCCACGUCGAACUUUUUCGUGGAGUCUCUGAAGACGCUUACAGACGAUAAACCAAUUUCCAAGGUGUUUAUUGGUAUGGUGAUUCUCCCCUUGGCAGGCUCGCUUCCUGAACACAUCUCGUCCUUAAUCAGCGCCCACCAUAACAAUAUGGCGCUGUCGGUGUCGCUGGCAAUAGGCUCCUCGAACCAGGUGCUGGGCAUGGUUCUCCCAAUAAUCCAGUUCAUCUCCUCCCACUACCCCUCGACCGGCUUUUCGCUCUACAUCGAGCCCUACGUGGCUGCGUACAUCUUCUGCAGCUCUGUGGUGUGCAUUUUGUCCCUGGUCCACGGACUUAUCUACGGCGUGAACGUGCUACAUGGAGUUUUGCUGCUUGCUACGUACGGAUGCAUUGUCUACUUGACGUUUGCACAGAGUUAA